CACUUACCUGUUUGUUUUCCAACGUCUUCUUCGCCCAGCGGCGAUCGCAUCCGUGCAUACUUGCCUUGUAUGGAAUAACUCACCGUGGAGCUUUGUCGCGAACGCCGUUUGAGAACGAGAGAUGUCCGGCGACGAUCGUCAGUGACGUGAAGCUGCCCUGUGAUGGGAUCGGUUGUGCCCCUCCGCUCAAAGAACAAUAAGUUUUAUUGAUUUAAUAAAGGAAGCGCGGUCUUGCCGCUCUAUCUAUUUAAUCUUCAGAAGAUAUAUAUACUGUUUUGUCGCUUUUCCAACCCUACAGUACACUUUAGAGAAGAGGACUGGAUUGGACGUCAUCGCUCCACUCGUCGCCUCCAGACAAGAUGGCAAUGAACUUCGUGACCUUCAACCAGGACUACAGCUACUUGGCUGUGGCGACUGCCAAGGGGUUUCGCAUAUUCACAACAGACCCUUUCGCCAAGAGCUAUGAGACCAAGGAAGGGAACAUUGCUAUAAUCGAGAUGCUGUUUUCAACAUCUUUGGUCGCGUUGAUUCUCUCACCACGUCGCUUGCAAAUCACUAAUACAAAGCGCCAAUCCACAAUAUGCGAGUUGACGUUUCCCACCACUGUCCUGGCGGUUAAACUGAACCGGAAACGGCUCGUCAUCGUUUUAGAAGACCAGAUCUAUCUCUAUGAUAUCCAGACCAUGAAGUUUCUAUAUACUAUCGAGACAUCUCCAAAUCCUAGUGCAAUCUGUGCUCUGUCUCCCUCCUCUGAUAAUUGCUAUCUCGCAUACCCUCUUCCACAUAAGGCUCCGCCUACGUCCUUUACUCCUCCGUCCCACGCGCUCCCGGGAACACACAUAUUUCACCUACAAGCGGCGAAGUACUGAUAUUCGAUACACUGAAGCUAGAAGCAAUUAAUGUCAUAGAAGCCCAUCGAUCUCCACUAGCAUGCAUAACGCUCAACAGUGAUGGCACUCUGAUAGCUACCGCUUCUGAUAAAGGGACUAUUAUUCGGGUCUUCUCCGUGCCUGACGGUCACAAGUUAUAUCAAUUCAGGCGAGGCUCGAUACCUUCCAGGAUCUACAGCAUGUCGUUCAACACGACCUCUACUCUCCUUUGCGUCUCAUCCUCCACCGAAACCAUACACCUGUUCAAGUUGAGUCAGGGCCAAUCUUCGGAAAAUUCUCUACCGUCGCAUUCGGCUCCCCAAAGAACCAUGAGUCAGAGCUCUCUGAGUAACUCUCCAGAUGAGGAUGAAACCGGUGGUGACAAAGACUCCUCCGAAUUCCCUUCCAGGAAACAUAAUGGCACUCUGAUGGGCAUGAUUCGGCGAACCUCACAAACUGUUGGAAGCUCGUUUGCCGCCAAGGUGGGCGGUUACCUUCCAAAGGGUGUUAGUGAGAUGUGGGAACCUGCGCGAGACUUUGCCUGGAUUAAACUUCCGAAGUCGAAUCCCGGCCCCGGGGGUAAUGGCAACACCGGUCCCUUGCGAAGCGUUGUAGCAAUGAGCAACAACACGCCCCAAGUGAUGGUGGUGACCAGCGAUGGCAACUUCUACGUUUUUAGCAUCGAUCUUUCGAAAGGUGGAGAAGGAACCCUAACCAAACAAUACUCCGUACUGGACGCAAAUGAUAGGCUAGGAUACUCCGUGACGGAUUAUUGACCCUCUUUCCCCGUAUUACUCACUAAGAGCUUACCUUCGUUACGAUUCCUUCUCAUCCUUCUCGCGUUGUGCCUUGUAACCAUUGUUGACAACAGCGGGUUUGACUUUUAUCUACUUUCUUUAAUAAAUCAUCCAUCUAGUUACACAUCGUCUCAUCUUUCCCAUUCUGAAGCAUCCAAUGUAUUUCUAGCGUUGGCUGUUUCCACUUGCUUUCUGUUAUUCCCAGCCAUCUCACGGACUAUCUUUGGUGCCACACUCCAUUCACCCCACAUUCUCAAUAUAUCCUAAUA